AAAAAAAAAAAAAAGAACCAACAGUAGGCUUGCUGAACGAAUGAAAAGAUCAUCUCAACAGCAGUCAGUAGCAGCCUAUUUCCCUUCAUUAAAGCAAGCAUUAAAAGUAAAAAUUUUCCCUAUAUUGUCCUUAACAGACAGAUUCCUUAGUCUGAACAAUCUUUUCCUUCAAGCACAUGUAAGAGACAGUGUGAGGGUGGUUGGAGGAUGGAGCUUAUAGCAAAAAUUGAAUCUUCUACUUCACCUUGCUCUAUACAUACUCAAUUGUAUGAUUCUGUGUGCAUUGAAGCCUAUAUAUUCAUGCAAAGAAUGAGCCAGAACCCCUUCUCGGAGCCAAAUGAUGAAUUCCAUUUUGUCCAAAUUUUCACAUAUUGUAUAGUCUCAGCGGAUUCUCACAAUGCCAUUCGGGUUGGUUUCUGCUUGGAACAAGCGUAGAAGAAGCAAGUCCCAAGACCACACUGACCCCUGGACAUAUAAACCUGCUGAGCGAUGGCAACACGAAGAUCUAACUCCCCGACCUGCGAAGAGACUGCAUGGGUCCUCAGUGUUCACACUCAAGGAAAUGGAAGAGGCGUCAUUAUGUUUCAGUGACGAGAACUUCCUCGGUAAAGGAGGUUUUGGGCGAGUCUACAAGGGAAUUCUGAGAUCAGGGGAGGUCGUAGCGAUCAAGAAGAUGGAUCUUCCACUAGUGAAAGAAGCCGAGGGAGAACGAGAAUUCCGAGUUGAAGUUGAUAUCCUGAGCAGGCUUGAUCACCCAAACUUGGUCUCCUUGAUGGGCUAUUGCGCAGAUGGGAAAAAUCGCUUCUUGGUUUACGAGUAUAUGCCCAAAGGGAACCUCCAAGAUCACUUAAACGGAAUUGGGGAGCCGAUAACCGAAUGGCCCUUACGGCUUAAAGUGGCGCUCGGGUCAGCAAAGGGGCUUGCGUAUCUCCAUUCGGGCUCAGCUGUCGGGAUUCCCAUUAUCCACAGAGAUUUGAAGUCCACCAAUAUUCUCCUAACUGCCAACUUUGAAGCAAAGAUAUCAGAUUUCGGGCUCGCCAAGUUGAUGCCUGAAGGGAAGGAAGCAUAUGUAACUGCCAAAGUUCUUGGCACUUUCGGGUACUUCGAUCCCGAAUAUGCCUCGACAGGAAAACUGACUUUGCAGAGCGAUGUUUACGCAUUCGGAGUGGUCCUUCUCGAGCUCUUGACUGGACGAAGAGCUGUGGACCUGAGCCAACGACCGAAUGACCAAAGUCUAGUACUUCAGGUGAGGAAUACACUGAAUGACCGCAAGAAAUUGAGGAAAGUGAUAGAUCCCGAGCUGAGUCGGAACUCAUACACCCUGGAGUCAGUUGCAAUGUUUGCAAACUUAGCAUCACGAUGCGUUCGUCCCGACAGCACCGAGCGACCCUCGAUGGAAGAAUGCAUCCGAGAGCUUCAACUGAUCUUGCGCACGAAUUCAAAGGGACUGAGCAUGGCUUUGCACAAAUUGGGAUUGAACUAAGAAAAACAUCCACUAAUAAUCAAUUUUCCUUACUUUUCUUUAGGGAAGGAGCUGCAGCAUUUUGACAUUAGACAGAUCCUUGUACCCAAAUGAAGAGGAAGUACAGAUAAAAAAAUAAUUGACAUGUUGAUUUUUCUUUGGUUAUUUUUAUGAAAUCAUGAGAUAUUUUCAACUUA